CGAACUCCUAUCUCCGUGUCUUCAGGUUAUAUGCAGCGGCCAUGUCGGAUGCCCUUUCCACACUACCGCCUUCCGCGGCUACAAAGCCUCGCGGGCCGUACUACCAGCUGAUCGACGGUGUCCCGAAAUGCGCAUGGUUGGACCCGGACACUUACCGAGAUAGUCUCAGCUUCCGCCCUGGCAAGGGCGACUUGGUGCAGAGCUCGUUCCCAAAGAGCGGUACGCACUGGGUCCAGUACAUCACGCAGCUCAUCCUGAAAGGUGGUGAACCUGUGAAUUCGUACGACGAGUUCGCAUGCAACACUCACGCGCUGGAGUACUCGAGACACGAAAAGUGGAAACCAACGCUACCCUUGAGGCUGUUCUUCACGCACCAGGUCUUGCGUCCGGACACCAUGGUUGAAGAGGCCAAGUACGUGUACGUUGCACGAAAUCCCUGGGAUGUCUGCGUCUCUCUUUACCACGCGACGACAGAACUGAACGUGUGGCGCUUUCAAGACGGAACCUUCGACGACCUUUUCGACGCGUUCCUCGAAACGGACAUAGGUUAUGGCAGCUACUUUGAUCACGUGGCCUCGGGUUACGCACUGAAAGAUCGGCCGAACGUCUUCUUCAUGACGUACGAGGAACUGAAGAGGGACACGCGAAACACAGUGUUGAGACUGGCACAUUUCCUCGGUGAUCGCUACGGCAAGUUUCUGGCUGAAAACGAAACGAAGCUGGAAAACAUCUUGGAAUUGUCCAAGCCCGAACACAUGCGUAAAGUAGUUCUGAUCAAUUUCUGGCUAACAAAUCGCCCGAGUGGGAGGACCUCUUCCGUAGGAACGACCUGUCUUGCAAAAUAG